AUGGAGGCUUGCAUGGGCGGCGGUGGAACCUGGUCGGCACCCCCUCUCCCCGGCGGGUUUCCGGGCGAAUCACCUGACGCGCCGCGGGCCUGCGAUCGCAGCAAGCGUCGCCUAUCUGAAGAUCCCUCAAAUGUAACUAUGAACAUUGUCGCCCAAUACACCGCUCAAACUACUUACCCCGUCAACCCGUUCGCCCCCGUCUACUAUUCGCCUCAGGCCUUCUUUCAGCCUAGAUACGCCCAAUUAGAUACGCCCAAUGAAAAGGGCCGCGGGGGGGGGGGUAUGCGCUACGCCAUCGCAUCGCACACGCCUCGUUUGACCGAGUCAUUCGGUGGCAACGCGACGUUCCAGAUCGUCGUGCAGCGUGCGCUUGUUUAA